AUGGCAAUAUUAUAUUAUUAUGGCGCUUUUUCACUUCCUACGUUGACCGCCUCCAAACGACUCAUGAACCGUCCACCAGUCAGAUCAACAUCAAGAAGACUACAAGAUUUCAACACGCCGUUUUCAAGAGGUCUUUCUAUUAUACGUCCAACGUUAUGGUUUGACUCUUUCCCCCUCCAGUUGAGCCAAACCUGUCAUUUUCAGCACAAACACCGACGUGGCAAGUUUUCUCCAAAAAAGACCCUUUUCAGGUGGACCUCUGUCAGUUUUUCCCGCCAACAGAUGAUAAUGCUUUGCCGAUACCCCUGUAUUCUGUGA